UCAGCCGCAACGUUGAAACGCAAAUAUUGGUGGAAGAAUAUUAAGAUGAUCAUUAUAAUGUGUGCUAUUGUAGUGGUACUCAUCAUCAUUAUUGUCAUUUGGGCAUCAAACAAAUAA